AUGAACACUCAAAGCCUUUCAAAAGAAUUUGUGUAUGGUGUUGAUUGGAGUAGUAUCGCUAAACCAACGUCACAUUGUUGGUUCGAAUGUCUACAGAAGAUUAAAAGCAUAAGAGAUUCAUCAUGUCAAUAUCCAAUUUGUAAUAUUCAAACUAUUUCAUUAUUAAUUACUACAGAUGCGACGCAUUCAGUGUUUAAUCAAAGAGAGACUACUCUAUUGCAGUGUGCGUCAUGUUCAUUAAUCAUACAUUCUCAUCAUAUUAUGGAUGAAUUAUCUAUUGCAAGAAUUCCAUCAUGUCGACUGUCAUUUGUUAAUGAUACGAUAGACGCAUCACAUUUCGAUAAACAUUAUUGGCAAGAUAUAAAUGUAUUAAAAUAUCGCUGUAAUUGGUGUAAAAGAAAAUCCAAUAUCUUGCCGUCAUCAGAUAAUUGCAGGAUAGCAAGGUCACCAAUGAAUACAGAAUGCUCAAGUGCAAUAACAUGUUUAUGGUGCUCACGUUCGUAUCAUCGACAAUGUUUUGAAAAAGAAGUAAAUCCGAAGUUGAGAAGUGAUUGUGAUUAUGGUGAAAUGAGAAAUAUAAUCGUUCGUCCACAAUGGAUAAAACACAUUCCACAUGAAAAACCAUAUCCAUUUAAAGCCAAAAUGAAUGAAAAGCGUUCGUCAGAUUUGAGUGAAUCCUAUUCGCCAGUACUUAUAUUUAUCAAUAUACGCAGCGGAGGGCAAACAGGAAGAGUAAUUUACCCAAAACUGUUGAAGAUCUUAAAUCCUAGACAAAUAUUUUUAAUAGAUAAUAAUCAGACAAUAUUUCAAGCAUUAGAAAUUUAUAAAGAUCUAGUAAAUACUCGUAUAUGUGUGUUCGGAGGUGACGGCAGUGUAGGAUGGGUAAUAUCCAGAUUAGCUGAUUUUUAUCAAGGAUUAUCUAACCCAGCGGUCGGUAUUUGCCCGCUUGGAACAGGGAAUGAUUUAUCUAGAGUUUUAAACUGGGGUGCUGAAUGUGAUACUACACAUUUAAAAAGAAGAUUAAUACAAAUUUCAACAGCUCGUCAACUACCAUUAGAUCGAUGGCGUGUUGAAUUAGAAGUAAUUGCCAAUAAUACUAAUGAUGAACAUCAUAGUAUAGUCAAAAAUCAAGAUUUUGUUGCAGAAGAUUAUAAUAAUAACAAUAAUCGUUAUUCAUCAUUGCAUACAAUGAAUGUUCCAAAAUUUAUUCGUGAAACAAAUCGUCCGUCAUAUCAAAAUCAUACCAAAUUACCAAAUUCUUAUUUCAUUGAUUACAUGUCUUUUGGUUUAGAUGCUGCUGUUAUAUUAGAAUUUCAUGAUCGUCGAACACGUAAACCAGAAAAAUUUACUAGUCGUUUAAAAAACAAACUUAUAUAUAUAAAUGAAGGCCGCAAAUACGUCGGAGACUUCGCCAUGGGAUUUAUGAGGCGAUGGGAUCUGAGUGGUUAUAUUAGAUUAAUAUGUGAUGAUGUCAAUUUUACAAAUUCUAUGCAUAAUUGUCAUACACUUGUUGUAUCGAAUAUUCCAAGCUAUGAAGCUGGCACAAAUCCGUGGGGAGAAUCACCUAUUUUUCCGAUGGCCACUACUAAUUUGAUAUUCGAUAAAACAUCUAUGAAUGCUUUAAAAUUAAAUAAAAAUGAAGAUCGAGGAGAACCAAACCCAUCUGUUCAUCUACAUAACAUUGAGGAAGCUUCGUCAGAAGUAACAAUUAUACAAUCGAAAACAAAGACUGAAAUUGGUCGACAAAACUUUGGCGACCAAAAACUCGAAGUUUUCGGACUUACAGCCACAGAUUUGGGUCUUAUACACGUCGGAUUUCGUGGUAUACGUAUCACGCAAUGUAGUCAAUUAAGAAUUGAGCUGGCAACACCAAUGACAGUCCAGAUGGAUGGUGAACCAUUUUACAUCCCUGCUCCUGUUGCUAUCAAAAUCACACAUUCUGGUCAAGUGAUGGUACUACGUCAUUAG